AUGCCGCAUUGUCUCUCCUUCAACCCAGCCUCUCCGCAGGCCUCUCUCGGGGACGACCCUAUUCCCAAUCCUUCCUUAGAGGGCGUGGCCUCCACUUCCAGAAACGUUUCGAAUCCGUCGCCCACCUUUAAUCUCAGCCGCGAGUUGGCUCACGCUUUUCAAACCCCCUCCUACCACGACAUACGUUCACGGGUUCACGUGGUUGACCCCGCCCAACAUCAUCUGCACAUCCAGCCGGACAUCGAGCUGCUUCUCUCUCAGGUGCUCCAACCGAACAGGGAAUGCGUCCAAGAAGCUCUUAGCCACGCCAAGCCAACUACACUCACCCAUCUCAUCUCCACUUACUUCCAACACAGCGAAAACGCCACCCGCCUUUGCUUGAAUCUCUACCAAAGCGUCCACACUGCUCGCCACCUCUACACACCUCUCUUUGACCUCUUCCACAUUCUUCCCGGUGAUUCCCACGCCAUUGACGACUCCCUCUGUAACUUGGCAUUCGACGUUUUCCUUGAGCUCGACACCUUUGAAAACCCUUUCUCAUCUCCCGACUCUCACGGCUUUCGAGACACUCAAUUAUGCUUCUCCCAGCUCAAGCACAAGCUGGACAGCCGUCUCCGUAAGUCGAGGUCACGGGUCCGCCUCCUCCACCGUGCCACAGCUGGUUCUGCCUUAUGUCUUGUUGCUACUGUUGUUGGAGUUGUUGCUUCUGCGGCUCUGAUUGCCACUCAUGCACUUCCCACCCUUGUUCUUGCAGGUCCCUUGUGCAGUCCCUACCUCCCUCACAGUUUCAAGAAGAAGGAGUUAACUAACAUUUCUCAGCUCAAUGCUGCUGCCAAGGGAACUUUUGUGCUCAACAAGGAUCUCGACACCAUUGACCGUCUUGUCUCCCGCCUGCACACUGGGAUUGAAUACGACAAGCUCUUCAUUCGGCUUGGAUUGGAGAGGGGGAGGGACGUGUAUUCAGUUCAGGAGAUUGUGAAACAGCUUCGCAAGAGCCACCUUAACCUCACCCAUCAACUCAAGGAUCUUGAGGAUCAUAUUUGCCUUUGGUUUACCAACGUUAACAAAGCUAGAUCGUUGCUCCUUCAAGAGAUCCAUCUUCCCCGAAUGUAA